CCAAGGCCGCCUUCUCCUGCCUUAUCCGAACUCAGAAUUGAAUAUGCGAUACACAGCAGCCCACAAUUUCUUCACUAACUCGGCCUUCCAUCGCUCUCGACCGUUUCAUCCUCGAUAUACGCUCGCCCAUCCAUCGAUUGCCUCCUCUUCCCAAUCCCCACUGGCGACGGCCUCAAUACCACUCUCUCACUGGCUGGCCCUUUAUUGAAAAUUUCACCGACUGCUCCUCUGUAUCAACAUAUGCAUACAGUGUUUGCUUCCUCCACCAGCUGCCCCGCUGACAUCGACACAAUGAACUCGUUAACCAACCUGCCAGAAGAGCUCCAGGUCCACAUCCUCCUCUUUCUCGAACCCGUCGCCAUUCUUCGUUCUAUUCAGACAUGCCAUACCCUCCACGACACAAUCACCCGUUCUGCAUCGAUCCAGUACAUCCUUGAGCUGCACGCUCGUGGUCUCAUCGACCCCACCCUCUUCACGUCUCCCACCCUCGAUUCAUCCUCCCCUUAUCUCUCCCCGUCCCGAUCUCACUCGCACCCCUACUAUCCACCAGGUCCCCCCAUCGGCGACCGCCUCGCCGUUCUCCUCUCCCUCGAGCGCAAGUGGCAGACCCUCGUCGUGCGCAAUGUCCACACGCUCGAGAUCGCCGCUCCCCGAGAAGGAUGGGAGAACUCACGCCCGUGGAGCCAGCUCGUUUCGCAUGGCCUGCUCAAUAUGGCCGAGCACUGGCCCAAACUCAAGAUGUCCCUGUUUCCACUGCGCCCGCCUCAGCCGUUUGCGAGUCCGGUUGUGUGGACGCAGGAGCAGCUCUUCCCGCGCCCCAGAGUGCAGAGGGAGAUCAGUGGCAUUGGCGGCGGCGGCGGUAUCGCUGGACCACCGGGAAAUCCAUUCCAGACUCAGCAACUACCAGGACAUGGUCAAGCGCAACCACAUGUUACAGGCCAAGAACCCGAUUUCGAGGUCUUCCUCUCUGGCGUGGACCCGUCUCAGGAUCUGCUCGUGCUCGUAUAUGGCACGCUGGGCAUGCGCAAUGGGAGAGGUCCCAUCUUUGCUCUCGAGCUUCGCCUGCUCUCGCAUGGCACCCAGUUGCAUCCGCUCGCAGAGAUUCCCAUACUAUACUCAUUCAAUCCACCAAAGGAGGGAAGAUGGCAGUGCCACUACGGCCGCAUCGAGAUUAGCGGUGAUAACCUAUACUUUCUCGGCGUUGCCGGCCCCGAUGUCGACGAGGGCGGGGAGCUCAAGGACUCGAUCGUGCAUGUGUGGGAUUGGAAGACGGGCUCGUCGGGUGUGGAGCGUGCGGUCUACACUCAGUACCCGCCCGACCGGUUUGUCGACAUCCACCUCCUGGGCGCGCACGCCUUCCUCACCACGACCGCGUGCGGCGUUAUCGAGCUGUACUCAGCGCACGACGCGGACGCGGCGCCGGGGUGCAUUGCGCGCUUCGCGCUCCCAUGCGAGCCGCGCGGGCUCAACUUCUGCUCCCAGUUCAAUGGGUGCACGACCAACCUCUCUUUCAUGCCCGACACGCCUACACCGCCUGCAUCGUCAUCAGGCAUGAGCGAUGGCGGGGCAGGGGAGCAGCCGGCAUGGCCAACGCAGCUCGCGCGCGAGGCAGCAUACACGCUCCGCAUCGACCCACGUGCACACCUCGUGCUCAUCGCCGCGCGCACACCAGACAUCACAUUCGUCGUCGACCCGCGCGUCUUCCUCGCGUUCCUCCCCCCACACCCCGCUCACACGCAUCCCCGCUCCUUUUCCCCGCUCCGUUCUCAACGCUUGAACUCGUCCCCGUCCCCUGCGACAGCGCUCUUUGCAAGCUGGCCGACCUUCCCCGCAGGCACGUCCCCCGCCUACCCGUGGUCCGCGUGGGGCCCGACGCACGCGCGCGUCUUUCCGUUCUCGGGGCUCGGCUUCGCGCCCUGCGGCACGCGCGUGCUCCGCGCGGUCAGGUCCGCCGUGCAGGGGCAGGAGCUCGAGGCGCGUCUGCAGGUGCUCGAUUUCUCGACGCGCGCCGUGUGGCGCGCUGUGCACGGCUUGAGGACGCCCGCGUAUUCGAAUCCGGACGGGGCAGGUGACGUGGGGGAUAGGAUGGAUGUCGACUUGGUGGGUCCGAGUGGGGCUGCGGAGGAGGAGGCAGGUGUGCCGGCGCAGGCCCCGGCGAUAGCGAUGGAAGAAGGCGAUCCGGCGGAACAUGUGGGCGGUCCGGCGUGUCGCAUGAGGCGGAUCGUCGCGACCCCAACGUGGUUAGCGGUCCCACGGAGGGAGGAGUACCCCGACGAUCUCGCCCUUCAGGCGGUUGCUGAGAAGGAGCAGGCCGAGAAGGCCAAAGGAAAGCAGUCGUCAAGAGCGGGCACGGAGGAGGUUCGAGAAGCAGAUGGUGCGGCACACCAGGGAGGCACAGUGGACUCGGAGGAGGACAGGGAUGUGUAUGUUGAGAGCGGGAUGCCGUAUGUGGAGACGACGCUCGCGGGGACGUUUGGGCGCAUGGGUGGGCUGAGGAUGGAUAUGAAGGGUCUGAUGCUGUUCAAGAUACUUGCUGAGGAUCCGGUCACUUAUGUACCGAGUCCUCGCACGGACUUGAGGGUGCAAGUAUGGGAUGUAUAA